AUGGCCUCCUACGGCUAUCAAACCGCACCUCACCAGGGCUCGAGACAUGCACAGCACGGAGGAUACGCGCCGCAGGCUGCGCCGUCGCACGGCGGUGCGCCCGCUGGCACAUUCUCCCCUGGCACCAAGAUCCAGGUUGGCAGUCAUCGAGUCGUUAUUCAGAAAUACCUAUCAGAAGGAGGAUUUGCACAUGUCUACUUGGUCAAACUCUCCAAACCCAUCGACGGUACCGAUCUGGCGGUUCUUAAGCGUGUUGCUGUUCCCGACAAAGAAACGCUGCGGGGUAUGCGUACCGAAGUUGAGACCAUGAAACGACUUAAAGGACACCGACCGAUCGUAACAUAUAUCGAUUCCCACGCUUCAGAGCUGAGAGGUGGCGGAUAUGAGGUUUUCCUCCUCAUGGAGUAUUGUGAUGGUGGCGGCUUGAUUGACUUUAUGAACACACGCUUGCAGCAUCGAUUGACGGAACCCGAGAUAUUGCACAUUUUUUCCGAUAUCGCUGAGGGCGUUGCUUGUAUGCAUUAUCUCAAACCUGCCCUCCUACAUCGAGACUUGAAAGUUGAAAAUGUCCUCAUUGUGAACCGCGGGUCGUCGAAGCGGUUUAAAGUAUGCGACUUCGGAUCCUCCGCCCCUCCACGAGCUGCACCGACAACCGUAGUCGAGUGUCGACUUAUGGACGAGGACCUUCAGAAACACACAACACUGCAAUAUCGAGCGCCCGAAAUGGUUGAUGUAUAUAGAAAGCAACCGCUCAACGAAAAGUCGGAUAUUUGGGCAUUGGGUGUGUUGCUGUAUAAAUUAUGCUAUUACACAACCCCUUUUGAAGAUCAGGGACAGUUGGCUAUAUUGAACGCCAGUUUCAAGUAUCCUAGUCAUCCUGUCUUCUCGGAUAGACUGAAAAAGCUUAUUGGGUCUAUGUUGAAAGAGAACAUGCAGUCUCGGCCGAACAUUUACCAAGUCCUAAAGGAAGCAUGUGCCAUGCAGGGCAGACAAGUUCCCAUACACGAUAUAUAUUCGGGCCAAGCGAAACGAGAGUCGAGACCUGCAAGUCAACCAUCACCCACCAAGUCUCAACAAGGCCAUCAAGGAGCCGUCGUGGGUGCAGUAUACUCGCCACCCGAGCAAGAAGAGCACAAUGUCCCUGAUAUCGUGCCCAUGCGACGGGGCCGUCCUACUGUUUCACCCGGGCCACAAAAGCAAGACCCGUCGCGAAAAGUCACUGUAGGUGAUCCAUUUGCCGCCCUCGAUUCAACGAGUAGUCAAAAGGCUCUCGGGGCCGACGAGCUAUCUGCGCGUUUCCCGACUUUGGACCAGUUCUCUCUUCUUCACGACAAGGGAGCUAAAUUUGACUUCGACUCAUCGGCAAUUUCACCACAGUCUCAACACGUUGAGGCCGACCAACACGUGGCAGAGCGUCUGGCCGACGAAGCAUUUGCCUCGCUACAACAGAGUCCAGAGAAACCGGCUCCCUCCCCACGACCUCACUCUCUCACUCCCCCUUCGCAGCAGCCUGAACACCUUUCCACUCCUCCUGUUGACCGAUCUCCGUUGAACACGUCAUCAGCGCCCACAACAACGGAGCAGAGCCAACCCAGUCGGGCCUCCUCGAUUAUCAGCAGUAACCCCGAGCUGAAGGCCAUUUCGGCUCAGACUAACGCAAAAUAUGUCUCGACUGGAACGAUGACGUCUGAGUUUUCUUCCAGAGUCUCAACGCCUCAAUUUGAGAAACAUUCAGAGAAGAAGCUCCCUGAACGUACCCCGUCCCGCGCAGACCAGGAUUCGCUGCCUAAUCACGCUCGCCCUCAAUACCUCAGACGACCAUCUCUAUCGUCACGGCCGUCUUUGGAGGAUCAUCGAAUUCAGGCCCAGUCGACGGAUUCUACGUUGAGCUCAUCAACACAUGUCAGUCGGCCACGCCCCGCCAGCACCAGUUUUGAGUCCAGCACUCUGGAUUUCCUGCGGGAAAGGGAAUUGGCUGCCAAGCCUUCUAGGAUGACAGUGCAGUCAUCAAUGCAAAAUCCACAGCGGCGGCCGGCAGCUGCACCUCAGACAAUCAGGGUAGAGGGCAGAAAGCAAACAGAAGAGGACCUGUUGCUAGACGUGACGAACUCCCCAGUGACAACUCAAGAUGAACAAACGGAUAUCAAUCGGAGAUCGACUGCCUCAACAGCUUCUGGUCUUAAGAAAUUAGCAGGCAAAUAUGGUGACGCUUUCAACCGGUUUGAAGGCGCUUCACCUCAGGAAUCUGUAGGUAUAAUUCAGUCUGAGCUGCCUGAGCUACCCGAGUUGCCACAAAAGUCGACAUCUCACCAUGAUGCAAAAGUUCCACCGAAGCAGGAACCAGCUGUUGGUCCCAGUGCCAAUGCCCUGAUUGAUAUUGAGGAGGACAGCAUGACGCCAGAAAUGAGGCGUGAGCUCGAACGUCAAAGGCUUGAAGAAGAAGAAAAACGAGUUGCUGCUGCUCAAGCUGAAUAUAAGAACCGGGUUGGCUCAUCUGGGAAACCGGUUCCUGGCCCCAAGAUCGUGGGGGCUUCACAACGCAAAGCCAGCACGAUUCAAAGCCGCGUGCAGAGCUUGCUCAGCGAGGAGCAGAAACCAUCUCCUGUUCAAAGGACUGCCCACGGUUAUGGCAAGUACACCGAUGAGCAGUCGGCGGCGCCUUCCGGUCAGAAACCAACGCCAAGCAUCGUUCGCAGGUCAAUGGCUCCCAGACCAAUAAAUGCGACCCCUUCCAAUGACUCCGGGUCCAUCACGGUUUCUACAUCCCAUUCAAUGCCAGCACCAUCCCAGCCAAGAUCUACGGGGCAAAAGCCACCUGCGCCGAAGAAAAAGCCCACUCAUCUAAAUAGCUUCCCAACAGGACAUCGUCCGCCGUCACCAAUUAAGCAGAGCCAACAUGCCCAGCCCGAGCACCUCAUUGCAGUAGACCUCCCAGGUCAACCUGUUCUUGAAAUGUCAAUCCAGGAUAAAGAAGACUAUAUCGAAGAUUUUGCAAAGCGAUUUCCCAGUUUAAGUUCAAUAGAGACGGAAUCUCAAGGCAGUCGCCGCAGUGAAUCGCGACGAUGA